AAAACAGACUAAUUUAGUCAACAUGCGCUGACAAGCCCAUGCUUGUGGCGAGGCGCCGAGGCUAGCGGAGCGAACCGUGUACUUUGGCCAGAAGUUUAGGGUGUGAUUGCGACGCGACGCCGAUGUGCGCCAUCAGCAUCCCUGCUCCUUCGCCCGCUCUCUCAGUCUCAGAUCGCGACUGAUCUGACUGAAUCACAAUUAUAAUUCGCAAAGGUACUACUAGACGUCUACUAGUACUACUAAACUAGCUACUGGAAAUCCUGUGAAUCUUUGUAAUUUGUUGCAAAAGCAAGACGAUGGCCGACACAAGUUCGAAAGAUUUGCCUUUCAGGGUGGAGUAUGCGAAAAGUAACCGUGCUUCGUGCAAGUCAUGUCGCAACAAAAUCGACAAAGAGUCAUUGAGAUUAGCUAAAAUGGUUCAGUCUCCAGUUUUUGAUGGGAAGAUACCAAAUUGGUUCCACUUCCAUUGCUUCUUCAAGAGGAACAAACCAGAAUCCCAAGCAGACAUUGGGGGCUUCCCAAGUUUGAGAUGGGAUGAUCAACAAAGGAUCAAGGAGACAUUGUCUGGAAAGAAGCCUGGAGGAUCGCUCAAAAGUGCAGAUCCCGAUGAAGGAGGAGAAAGUAACACAACACUGACUCAGUUUACUGUGGGUUAUGCUAGUUCUGGACGAGCAAAAUGUCUUCGUUGUGGAGAAAAGAUUCCAGAGACGACAGUUCGAAUCGCCUUCAUGGAACCGGUAGAAGAGUAUCAGCCAGUACCCCGCUGGCAUCAUGUGGAUUGCUUUGUUGAUGCGAAGUAUAUGGAGAAUGAUCUUAGUGAAUGGCCUCCUAACGGUACAGCCAGUAUGCUCACAAGCUUCGAUCGUCUGAAGGCUAAAGACCAGAAGAUGCUAGAAGAGAAAUUCAAGAAGGCAUUGCCAAAGACUAAAGGCAAAGGAAAAAAGAAAGGAAAGACAGGUCCUCCUCCAGAGAAGAAAGCUGCUCCAAAGCUCAGUAAACUAGAUCAAGAUCUCAAGACCCAGAACGACCAUCUUUGGGCAAUCCGUGACCAGCUUUACCGAUGGGUUAAGAAUAAUGGACUGAAAGAUAUACUUGAAGCUAAUGAUCAGGAAGUCCCUCCAGGAGAAAGUAAGCUUCUGGACAGUGUGGCCGAUGGCAUGAUGUUUGGUGCCCUUGAGAGUUGUCCCGAAUGCAAGAAUGGCCAGCUGGUUGUGAGUUCCUCCGGUCUGACCUUCAAGUGUACCGGUAACCUGACAUCUUGGACCAAGUGUCAAUACAGGAGCAAGGAUGUCCAAAGGAGCAAGACGUGGCACAUUCCGGAAUAUCUCAAGGAAGAUAUUGAUUAUUUGAAAAGCUUCAAAUUUGUUGCCUAUAACAAGGGUAAGAGAUUGUUUCCUGAAGAGGAGGAAGAGGCAUCAGGAAGCCAAGAGGGAGCAGGAGACGGAAAAAGGAAGUUAGCCAAGAAACCAGAAGAGAAAGCCCUUCACAACUGUACUAUCGUACUUCAUGGUAAAUUAUCCAAGAGCAAUAAAGAACUGAGGACAGUCAUUCAGGGUCUUGGAGGUGAUGUCGCUACUAAGAUCACACCGGAAACAGCAUGUGUUAUUAGCACUGAAGCUGAAGUAAAGAAGAUGAACAAGAAGAUGAAGGAAGCCAAAAGCAAUGAUGUCCAUGUUGUUUCAGAAGAUUUCCUAGAUGCUGUUAAGAAUGGAGGAGCAGCUCUUAUGAUCACUCAACACAGUAUCUGUAAUUGGGGAUCAGAUCCUACUACUAGAAUUGCUGAUACAGUUGCUAGUCAAUUACCAACUAAGAGUAUUGGACAACUUCAGAGGGAAAGAGAUGAGUCAAAGUUCACUGCUGUUUUGCCGAAGACCUCUAAGAUGCAGCUGAAAGGAGGAGCUGUGGUGGAGGAUCAAAGUCUAGGUAAGUCUACUUUUCGAUUUUCUUUCAAGUGUUCUCAAAUAUAGGGGGGGGGAACAUUCGCAAUAUUUUUGCAAUCCUCAAAGCUUGCAGAAAUCCAAGUGUAUACUGUAAAGACUAGGGAAGCAGAACAUUAUAGCCAUUUGUUGUGCAACAUUUAUGGAAAACUGCCCUGAACUGUGAAAAUAAUUUGAAUUCCAGCAUCAACAAGAUUUGUGCUUGCGGUGUAAUGUUAGUCUGAACCAGUGUGUGUAUUUGUUAACAGGCACCAAUCAAGGAGCUCUACUUUUCACAUGACACUGCUUGGCCAUUUGCAAAUAGACAGACACCUCACUUUUAACCCUAAUAUGACUGGGAGGGGGGGGGGUGCUGAAUCAGCCCCUCAAAAUUUUUCGUGAUAAGUCCGCUGUGCUAUUUUUUUUUUACUGCGUUGCUUACUGACAUUUUCUUUUCAAGUCUCGCACAACUUUUGAGACCAACUUUGCGACACCCGGGUUCUUGGUGCCAAAAAUACGCAACAUUUUAUAAGUGCAUGCGCACCCAAAAUUGCUAAAAAACAUGAAUUUGCGUACAAAUCCAAUGCAAAUAGUGUUUUUAGCCAAGAUUCAUAAAUGUAUCAUUAUUUUUCCAUUUACUGAUUAAAAUCAAUUGAUUUCAUCUUGUCUGUGGUCAAAAUAAAGUCCCAGACAAUUUCCAUU